GCGAGUGUGGACGAAGGCGGCAUGCUGGAAAUACACAUUAUAGUUCUAGCUCUUACCGGAAACGCUAGGAAUCGGCCGACAAACACAAUCAAAGUUUCGCACACAUACUUGUUUGGAUAACAAUGCUCCAGAAAGCAGUUGGUAUCAUUCAAGCCACACCCCGAUGGUCUCAACCCUGCAGGGGUUCUAUUACGUCACAACCAACCAUUGUACCCGACUUAAUACGCAUGCGUCAGUCUUCGGACAGAUUUGUGGCACACCGGCUUUGGAUCAAGGCAAACGAUAUUGUUGACAAGGCAACGUACCUUCGUGACAGAUAUGUAGCAGAACGGCUGGAAAGUUCUGAGCUGGUCCGGUUUUUAGACGACAAUUCCACAGUUCCAGGAUUUCCCAGCAUAGAAGUAGAACAUUAUCCACAGUUGAUAGAUCGCCUUGUUGAAGAUUAUCGACGAGGCUCCUUGGCUGCCGUCUACAUUGAUAAGGUUCGAGAAGACGAGGAACGAUCCAACUACUCUCCCAGCCUUGACUUCCACUUCCGUUCUCUCGAAGCAAAAUUAUACCCAUUUCUGUGCUUUAUUAAAAUGGCAUUCACCUACAGAGUGGAAAUCGUGAUGCCUGCAGUAAGUCACGAGGAAAUUGUGAAUUCCUUGCAGCAAGCUAAUACAGUGGCAGAAAGACAUAUGAGGGAUUAUAAAAUUCUACGGGACCUUGUACACUUAUUUCAUGCUAUUCAGUACGACUACAGCACGAGUAUUCUAUCCUCAUACAUGAACGAUGAUACUCGGUGAAUUUCAGAGCAAACCAACAUUGCAGUCGUUGUUAAAGGUCAUGGCACGUGAAAAUCUGACCAA